UGUCACGCCUUAUUUGCUUCCGACUCUCCUUCCCCAUUUCUAUAUUCUCUUCCGAUCGCAUCCACCCUGUUCAAUCUGCGUCAUCUGCUCCAUCGGCUGUCCCUGCUGCCUCCCUUCCUGCUUUUUCGCCGUUAUUGUCGUAGCUCAAAAUCAGAGCUCUAAGCUUUUAGUGGGGACGAAGAUCGAAGUCCGAACGCAAAGCUCGUCUGCUGGUUCUGCUCUCCAAAUGGGAUGGAGCUUAACUGCUUUCAUUCUGAGGAGGACCGUAAACUGUUGAUCUUUUGGUCAUAGGACUGGAUUCGGUGUAUGUACGCUCAUGAUCGCAUUAUCUUAGUAAUAGACUGCUGGAACAAAAAAAUUCGAAUCCCCAUGCCAACUUCGGAGAAUCCAUCGUCAUCUCGAUCUUUGGCCUUGACAUCCAUACCGGCUCGAGAUAUUGAUCCAUUGUUAAAGGAUUUGAAUGAGAAAAAGCAGAGCUUUAGGCGCAACGUGGUGUCAUUGGCUGCAGAGUUGAAGGAGGUUAGGAGCCGCCUUGCAUCACAAGAACAGUCAUAUGCUAAAGAAACCCUAACAAGACAAGAGGCAGAGAUGAAAGCCAAGAACAUGGAAGAGGAAAUUGGUAAAUUGCAGGCAAGAUUAGAAGAGAGAAAUGGUCAGCUUCAGGCUUCAGCCGCUGCUGCUGAGAAGUAUCUGAAGGACUUAGAUGAUCUUAGAACCCAGUUUGCGGCAACUAGAGCAACGGCAGACGCAAGUGCUGCAUCAGCUCAAUCAGCACAGCUCCGAUGUUUGGAACUUGUAAAAGAGUUGGAUGAUAAAAAUAGUUCACUGAAAGAGCAUGAGGAGCGUGUAACUAGGCUGGGAGAGCAGCUAGAUAAUUUACAGAAGGAUCUUCAGGCAAGGGAAUCUUCGCAAAAGCAAUUGAAAGAUGAAGUUUUGAGAAUUGAGCGUGAUAUCAUGGAGGCAGUUGCAAAAGCUGGAGCAAACAAAGAUUGUGAACUGAGGAAGAUAUUGGAUGAGGUUUCUCCGAGGAAUUUUGAGAAGAUAAACAAGCUCCUGGUGGUUAAGGAUGAAGAAAUAGCGAAACUAAAAGAUGAAAUUGGGAUUAUAUCUGCUCAUUCGAAGCUCAAAACUAAAGAAUUAGAAUCUCAGUUAGAGAAACAGCGACGUGCCGAUCAGGAACUUAAGAAAAAGGUGUUGAAGCUGGAAUUUUGUCUGCAGGAGACUCGUUCUCAGACACGGAAGCUCCAGCGGAUGGGAGAGAGAAGGGACAAAGCUAUUAAAGAAUUGAGAGAUCAAUUAGCAGGAAAACCGCAAAGUGUAGUUGCGGGCGGGGAAAAGCAAAACCAGAAUUUCUGGGAAACCUCUGGUUUCAAAAUUGUGGUGUCCAUGUCCAUGCUGAUCUUGGUGGCGUUCUCAAGGCGGUGAAAAUCAUUCCCCAAAUUCAGUGAUUCUUGUAUAUAUUUAUACACACUCAAUCUAAGUCCUUCUUAAGUUCAUUGAAGAAAAUAGUAGGAGGCCUUUUUCCCUGUAGAGUUACAGAUCUAGUUAGAUAUUACCGAGUUUGUAGCAUCAGGAUCCCAACAUAUUUUUGGUGAAACCGUUAAAAUAGUGGAAUGAGGUUAAUUUACUCUUUUCCACCCUUGUAUGAUAAAUGAUGGUACUCUAGAGGAAAGGAUAAUGCUGGGGAAGCAGGUCCAGAUGAUUGCUAGUAUAAUUAUUUGCUUUAAAAUAAUGAUGUAUGUCGGCGAUCAAAA